AUGCCCUACGAUCGCUCCUCCACCGCUGCGCCUUCGUCCUCGACCUCAACCUCAGCCUCAACCUCGUCCACGUCCUCACGCCACCCGCCCCAUGCGCCUGCUCUCGCAAAACGCCUGCCCGUCACCCCAAAGCUCGCCGGCAAACCAGCUCCCACCUCCUCGGCCUCGGCCUCGGCCUCACAGCGGCAGACGGUCACUCUCGCCACUCCUGUCCCUCGGAGGUCUACCCGCCCUUCCUCCGUUGUCAGCCAUGGCACCACCACCUCAGGUGCCAGCAGGCACGACCAUGCCUCCCCCGUGCCCAACCACCUCCAAAACAACCCUACCCCAAGGUCUGGCUCCCGGCAGAGUCGUGUCACAAGUGCCAAUGCUUCCCCGUCCCCGGCAGACGCCUCCUCCCCCGCCGACCGCUGGGAGACAAGGUCAGGCUUGGGCAUUUCCGGAACUGCACUCGACUCGGAUGCUGGCGCCGGUGUCCUGCUGAGGAGUGAAACAGCUCCCACCUCGCGCGACUCCAAAUUCUUCUAUGCCAGCGAUGCCUCCAGGACCACACAAUCCGCUACUCCCGCCCCCAGGCCCGCGCCACCGCAAAAAGGCCCGACCUUUUUCUAUGCCAAGGGCAAUAAUCUGCCCCCGAAACCUAGCCCGCCCACAUCCGUCCCGUCCGCGCCCUUCUCGCCCCCUCUUGCCGCCUCGACACCGGACCCCUUGGCCAGCAAGUUCAUGUACGCCAACGGCUCUCCAGACCUGCAGCCCAGCCUGAUGAAGUCCGGGCCCGGCUCUGCCCUCUCGACCACCCCAAGGGUGACUGCCACCAAGCCCGGCGCUGGCUCCCAGUCACCAGCCCACUUGUCGCAGAGGAUACCAUCACCGGCCAAGGCGACGGGCUACCCACCACCCCCACAUCCUCAUCCACAUCCGCUACAGCCUCAACCUCAGCCUCAGCCCUCGGCCGGCCCUUCAAUCGCUGAAAGGCGCAGUGUGGUCACGUCGGCGCCUCAGCUUGGCCGGGCCAACUCCAACGAUUUGAGGCGGGUCAGCGCAGAGGCCGCUCCAAGAAAGUCCUCUGGGCACUCGCGCUCUGGUAGCCUGGUUGCAGAGCCUCCCUCUGUCGUGCGGACCGUGGCUCCGAGCCCGCCCGUCAGUUCGCCUUUGCCGUCACCCAUGACCUUCUCGAACCCGGCAAUAUCCAUGGCAUCUGUGCUCGAGGCUGCCGAUGACUUGGCCGGCAGCCAGGAUGACAGCGACUCCAUGGUCUCUGGUCUGGCCAGUCCAAGGUCGGCCAGUGGCAAUGAUCCACUCAAUGAGCUGGUCGCCAACGCAAGGAGGGAGCGGAAGGUGCAAGACCUGCAGAUAACGAAUGCGUCCCUGGAAGCCAUCAACCGGACCCUGGAACGGCAACUGCGGAAACAAACCAACGAGCUCCGGCGGUACAAGCGACUGACAAGGGCCGGCCGGCUCUCAUCAGCCAACACGGCAGCCCCAUCCCGAAUCACAUCGGCUUCCACUGCCAGCGAGGCGCCCGAGGGUCCUUUGAACAACCUCGGCCUGGCAGACCUGAGUGAGGGAGACUCCGAGAUGGAGCCCGACGAUGAGUACAUGGAUGAGUCCGAACUGUCAGAGUCAGACUCGGCAGGAUCUGCGCAGCUGAGCCCUAGCACCAUGGCACUGAGGGACGCCCAACACAGGAAGCGCGACGAGAAGCGCCUCCAGGUCGAUCUUUCGAAGCAUCAACAGCUUCUGGUCGACAGUCAGAAGAUGAAUCAGAGCCUGAAGAGAUGUCUUGGAUGGACUGAGGAGCUCAUCAGGGAGGGCAAGAGGGCCUUGGACUAUCAGGUCAGGGUCAGCGAGUUUGACGUUGACGGCCGUGCAGUGCCCGAAGAAUGCGAGCAGCCGUAUGUUUACGACGGGGCACAGCUAUGGGACCACUCAUCCGACCAGCGUCAUAGUAACAGUGACAGCGAGUUUGGUCAGUCAGACGGUGAUGCUGAGGGGGACCCCGACGAGACCAUGAAGCUGCGAAUUGAACGAUUGCGGCCGGUAGAACAAGAGACUGGUGCGAAAAGUUCCCAGGAUAGAGACAGCGGCAUCGUACUCUCAGGCGAUGGAAUUUAA